AUUGAACGUGUUCCACGGCGCGCGACGUAGCAUUUAUCUGUCAAGAGCGGUGGCGGUCGGCCGUACGGUGAUGCGCCGGUUGACGCGCGUCCGUUGAGCGUUGAACCGGCAUAGCGGGGAGUCGCGAACGCGCACGCAUACGUCAGAAGGAGAGCGAGGGAGAAAGAGAGGAGACAGAGAGGAGAGAGAGAGAGAGAGCAGGAGAAGAGCGAGACACAGAGAGAGAGAGAGAGAAAGACGGAGAGAAAGAGAGGUUGCGAAUUCGUUUACUUCCAAGUCGACCGGAGACGGCCGCGGCGAAGCGAGCGAGCGAGAGUGAGCGAGCGAGCGAGCGAGCGAGCGAACGAGCGCGCAAGAAAGAGACGCACAGAUAAGAGUGAAAACGAACGAGAGAAGCGGCCUUUGAAUAAUCGCGUCUUUGAUUAUGUGAUCGCGAAUCGCGCGCGGGGCGACGACACGGUGACGGCGAACGAGAGGAAAGAGCGGCGACGCGGAGGACAGGCAGGAAGGAAGACAGGAAGGAAGGAAGGAAGGAAGGAAGAGCAGACAGGCUAGGAAACAUGCGGAGCACCCGGGCCGACGUUUUCUGCUAUCUCAUCGUAGCGAUCUUCGCUCUGCCGACGCUCAGCCGGGCAGAGGGGCAAGACGACAAGACGCAACCGAGGAAGUGUAGCAUCACGGAUCUCAGCCACAUGCAAUGCGGUAAGCACGAGAAGUGCCGCGCGAACGGCACCGAGCAAGGGUGGUGCGAGUGUCAGCUCGGUUUCCAUUUAGUUAACGGAGAAUGCGUUAGGGUCACCCCGACGGCGGCGAACUUCGACCUCACCACCGUCAAGCCAGAGCUUAAGCCUGAGUCCGGAGGUAGCUCCGUAGCCGCUGGUCUGCUAAUACCAACCUUCCUCGUAGUAGUUGCCGUUCUGCUGUACGUCGGCGCGAGACGGUACAAAUGGCUGCAACGAUUUCGGCAAUAUCGUCACAAUCGUUACGGCAAUGUCCUAGUCACGAGAGACGACGACGACGACGACGACCCACCGAUAGCGUAAGAAUCGACGAGGCGACGGGAUUGAAAGAGAGAUACAAGGAAAGGUGUGGGAGAAACGACGAAAGCAGAGAGGACAAGAGCGAGACGCAGCAGCAGCGUUUUCCCGCGGCGGACAUCCGCGCGACUUUGACACGCGCUUUCACGCGCGACCUUACUCGCGACCGAUGACGCGACCUUUAUCUCGCGCUCUGGAUGACACUCUCGUCUGGAUGUGAUUCCGCGGCGGCGUAAACGGGGAAGCGCGGUUGCACGGAGUGCGCGCGCGCGAGCGAAACGGAAGGCGAGAUGAAUCACGAGGCCAAAUGCAAAGACACGCCCGCGCGCGAGUAGUCGCGUCUCUUUGUGGAUUGUGCGAAAUGGGUGAUGGAUCGUGGCAGUUUCUCGACUCGCGCGCGACCUUUCUCCUCUCUCUUUGUCUUCUUUUGUCGCGCGCGAGGAAAGACGGUUUCGUCGGGAGUUGUUGUUUGUGAAUUUUGACACGGUGCUCGCUCUCUCCUCUCCGGUGGUCGCUCGCUCGCUCGCACGAGAGUCGUCGCUACUCGCGCUGGUGGUCGAAACUAUAUUUAUAUGUGAUGACGGUAGCGAAGGAAUGCGGCAUAACGGACUGCGUAUGCGACUAGAUGUAAGAAUCCACAGGAGAACAUAAUUUUUUACAUUGAUAUUAAUAAGCUGGUCAGUAAACUUUACGUAGCGUUAGUGUAGUCCGUAUACGAUACUCCGGUGAUCGCUUCUCUCAUCACCAUCCUCCUCACUCAGCGCGAGAAACCUAGAGAAGUUGUAUUAAUUGUACCAUAUGUGACCCUACCUUGAUGCAGAAUCCUUUCCUUGUAGUUUUCUCCUUUGCAGAAACGUUCCAUGAUUUCGGAUCGUCCCGUGAAUAACGCGAGUUUUCUUUCAGCCUGGGUGCCUUUGCGGCAGGAAAGACAAAAAAUUCGUCUAAACGCAUCUUUCUUUGUAAAAGUUGUUAAAAGUUGGUGUUUUCAAGUUUUUAGUAUGAUUUGUUUAUUCAACAUAAUUAUUAUAUUUAAGGACAGAACUCGCAUUAUUAAUGGAGUGACUCAUUAUAACGUGCUCGACACGCAUGGCGGAAUCAAUUUGACAUUUGUUUCUUAAAUUAUUUUAUAUAUUUUUCUACAUGUGUUUUACUUGUUACUCGAGAUUCUCGAGCGACAUAUUUUCUUUUUUCUUUUCUUUUCUUCUUUUUUUUUUUUUUUUCAAAAAAUGAUUCUUCCAGAUGUACGCAAA